AUGAUAUAAUAGAUUAAAUAUUAUUAAGAAUUAGAAGAAGUAAUUAUUAAUUUUUUUAUUAAUAUCCUUUAAAUUUAUAUAAAUUAAUAAAAAAAGUUUUUAAGCUCUUCACUUUUAUCUCAUUAGGUUCUCCAUAUUGAUCUGAGAUAAAUUAGGUUAAAACAGCUUUAUUUUUUAGUUUUUAGAAAGCUUUAAAUUCACAAAAUGUAAAAUUUGAAAUAAUAUAUAUCCUAAAGUCCUUAAUUAAGAGAGUCCCUAAUUGAAGUGAGGGUAUCUAAUUUAAGGGAUUAAGAGAGUGAAAUUUAUAAAUUAAUUUCUUAUUUUCUCCCUUAAAUUAGGGACUUUAAGGUAUCUUGUAUUCUAAUAACAUAUCAUUUUUUUUGA